AUGGGUAUAUACGCUAAGCCGCACACCACGAGGAAGGCUUCCGUCACCAGAAAAGCAUGCGCCCCGCAGAAACCGCGCGUCAGGAAGACAGAGUUGGCGUUAUUCAUGUCUAGGGAUGAGCUCCCCGGAUUCCGCGACGGCCUUCAUUGCGACAGUUGUGGAAGACGGGCGCUUUCUUCGACCAGCAAGAUUCAGCAUAAGCGACUACAUUAUGCGGACGACGCUCCGGGGGCAGAUCUCUUCAAGAGGCCACAUCGUUGCGAUUGGUGCGGAAAAGACUUCCCUCAGAAAGGAAGCUUGACGAGGCACAUUGCUUCUCAACACGAUAAAUCGUUGAUGGCACCAUGCUCUAAGUGCGACCAACGGUUCUCUGAUAGAGCCAGGCUCCAUCGCCACCGCGUUAGCGAACAUGGUCACGUCCCCAAGAAGCGGCGGAAGGAUGACCGAAAGAUAGACGAAGAGUCGCACGCGGAGCGGGAGGAGGACGCAGAUUCGGAGGAAGGUCGGCAUGAAGACGCGGCGAGGGACUGGGACAGCGACGCAGACGGCGAUAUGGAUGCUGAAGGCGACGUCGACGACGAGGUGGCGCUGGCGGGGAAUCAAUCCUCAUCGUCGCUGAUGCCGCAGAGGUGCAGCCUGACCGUUCCCAUGAACGACGAUCUAGAACGUCUCUCGGCGCCCCCGAUCGACUUCCAGGUCAUCGAUACCGCGCCUGUCGAUCACCUCCCUGCUCCUGCCCAAUACGCCCUCGGCUCGGCGAUCUUCGCUUCCGUCGAUACGCCAAACUUCGCGGCCCAGUAUCACCCCGACACGAUCUUCUCGAAUCCCUUCAUGCCAGGAUUCAACAACGCCUCAUUGCCCACCCUUCACGAGGCGCUCGACCCUGGCGACGACUGGACUCUCCCGCAGUCUAGGAUGCACCCAUCUUCCGCCACAAACCUGAACACGGACCUGCCAUCCUCGGCGAACUUCUCGACGUUGACUUCGACUCCGCUGGCGUCGCCGCCUCUGCCUCAAUUUCCUCCGUUUGUCGAUCCCAAUCAACUUGCUUGGGACGUUGGUCUCGGCGAGUCUACAGCGCUUGGAGACUUCGCUGCCGCUGCCUUCGAUGAUCUGGACCUUCCUGCUCUCGACGGCUUCCACGCGUAUACGGCCGAUGAACAUGGAUCGUCCUGGGAUUAG